AUGUCCUUCGGCUUCAGCAUCGGCGACAUAAUCCUGCUCGGGCAACUGUCCUACAAGCUCUACGACACUCUGACCACCGGCCGACGGAAUGCCAGUCGCGAACUGCAGGAGCUGAGUGACGUGCUGUUCGGGUUAAAUUGUGCCCUGGGUCAUCUGCGCCAUGUCGCCGGGGACAUUUCAAAGGCAGCUUCGACAUCUCUAUCCAACGACAGCCAUGGACGGGAAAUGCAACAGGCCCUGGAUCAAAUGGUGCAGAACUGCGCCGUCACCUUGGAUGACUUGGACAAUGUGACCAAGAAGUACCGCGAAGGGGCCACGGUGUCGGAAAACAACGAGAACAACGAGGGUGUCGAGUCGGGCGCUGGUUCUGGUUCUGGGAAAGGCCAGAAAAGAAGGAAGGUCUUCAAAAACGCCAUCGCGUCAAACUGGGCAAAGAUCAGAUGGGAUAUCGACAAGGACUCGUUGAAGGCAUAUCGCGACAAACUACAAGCGCACAUCAAUGCUAUCAACCUGGUCCUGAGUACCUUUCACUGGUCAGCAACUGAAAAGAUACAUGCCCACAACAAAGCCCAGGCCGAGAAGAUACAACAAUAUCACGACGACAUGGUCAAGUCGAAUUCCUCCCUCGCACUUCUCGUCGAAGCGAUGCAUUCGAUGAUGCUGGAGCCAACACGAACAACACCCCAUUCGGCUCAGAUGGACAUCGAGAACUCCUUUCGUGGUCUCAGUGGCCUUGCGGCGGAACCACCACCACCUGUGGGACCUAAGAGUGUUCCUUCACCAGUGAUCCGAUCUGUGGCCGCUCACCGUGUUCCACUCGGCAUGUCCGACAUGAGGUCGACCUUCGCAGGUCUGGCAGCUUCUUCCAUAGCUCCUGGUAUCCCUCAACAUACGCCUAGCCUCUUAUUUAGGGCCAUGCCAGCAGUCGAUGCAGCAGCAACAGCACCUCCCCUGGUUAUUAGACAUCGGGUACCGCCGAAACCUCGAAAAGAACUUCCCCCUGAGAUCGUUGCGAUCAACAUCAAGCGCCAAACCCAAGGUGCAAAGGCACUGGCAGAUCUCAAGCAGAGUCUCACUCCAAAACCUCAACCGUCCUUCCUCAAGCCAGUCGUCCCAACCGUCCCGCAACUGUUGGAGGGCCUAAAGUACGUCUUCAGCCCAUUGCCGCGCAGCACCAGCCGACAACUGGAAGCCGCACGACGGAUGCGCAUCAGAGAGCUCGAGUUGUGGAUCCAGUCGCUAGACCACCUGAUCAGCUCUUCUGCCAUAUCUUACGCGCCAUCUACUAAUAACAAGGCUGCAGUGACCGUCUCUGACCAGUGCACUGACUUGGUCGGGCUGCUGUCCGAGAUGAACAAGGCGAUCGAGUCGUCCAGUGAGAAUAUGAGGGACAUGGUCUACGAGGGGUUUUCGGCGGCGCGCGUCGACCAUGUCCUGGAUAAGGUGUUGACCUGGACAAAGUCUAUACGGGCCCAGAAGGAGGUCGAAGAAUUUAUGGAAGAGCGGUCGGACUGGCGAGACACGCAUUGA